AUGUCUUCGAAUAUAACCAACCAGCAAGUCGAAGAUCUUAAAUUGGUUUCAGCUUUAUCAAUAGCAGUUGACGAGUAUUGUGACAUAAAUGAUACAGCGCACGUUUCACUUUUUGUACGAUUUAUUUCAUCUACAGGUCCUAAAGAAGAACUUUUAGGAUUAUUGCCACUCAAAGGUCAAACACGUGGAGAGGAUAUAGCAAAUGCUGUAAUUGAGUGCAUUGAAAAACAUCAUAUUCCACUCGAUGAAAUUGUCUCAGUUUCAACAGACGUGUCAAAAAGUAUGACCGGUGUAAGAAACGGGUUUGUUGCUAUUUUGAAAGAAAAAAUUAAUCAUGAGAUACUUACUUACCAUUGCAUCAUUCAUCAAGAAGCCCUUUGUGCACAGACAUUUCCAGAAGAAAUUUGCAAAGUUAUGGAAUUGGUGAUUAAGAUUAUCAACUCCAUUAUAGGUAAAGCUCUUAAUCAUCGCCAGUUUAAAGAAUUUUUAGUUGAAAUGGAGAGUGAGUACGCAGAUCUCCUGCUGCAUAACAAGGCAUGUUGGUUAUCAAGAGGAAACGUUUUGAAACGUUUCGCUUCCUUAUUAAGAGAAAUUAAAGCAUUUCUCCUUGAGAAGGGUGUUCACUAUCCAGAACUAACGAAUGAUCAUGAAAAUUUUAUUUCAUGGUAGACGUUACGGCUCAUCUAAAUCAGCUUAAUCGUAAACUACAGG